AGAGUGACCAGGCUCUGAUUGGGAGAGAACCCAGCGUGUUUGGGGACCCCGCCCGCUUCGGAUGUGACGGCAACCAAUAGAAACGCACCGUGCAGCCGUGGAGGAACGUCACCCUGUCGGCGGUAGUGGGACAUGCCCCGUCCGUGCUGCGCUGCUACUGCUUUGGCUCGUCUCCUCCACAGCACUCCUGUUUGUGAGUGUACGGGCGAGAGAGCCGCCACUUGAGCACUUUACACCACUGGAGGUAUUAUCCUCUCCGUUUAGAAGACGACAAGCUCGGACAAGCGGAGCGACCUAGUUAUUUGAAGGGAGGAGACUGAUUUGUUUUUACGCCUUUUCACUUCCAACCUGCCGGCGUUUAAAAAAAAAAGCCUUUGAUGAUCGACCGCUUAGCUCUCGAGCUAACUGGAAAUGAAAUCAGAAACUAGCUAGUUAGCUUGCUAGUAAGCUAGCGGAGUCGUCUGUAGAUGUUUAUUAGCGGUUUUAAAGCCACAUUUCAAAGCAGUUAAAAUGGUAAAACUGAGAAUCAUCGUGGUGUUUGGAUGUUCAGAGCUUCAGUAACGAUUCAUUUAUCUUUAACAGAGAGAGGAUAGUAGGAACAAUAGUUAACUGUCCAGGCAACAAGUCUGCUGCUUUCAUAACUCAGAUAUGUUUUAUUGGUCGUGUUAUGACACACUGUUCAAUUUUAGAGACAUAUCACGGCAAACCGUGUUAAAAUGUUCGUUUCUGGUUCAGUGGAAGCGGCGUUCAACAGAGAAAAGUGCGACUCGAGGUGUCCAGAUUUGAGUGAACCGGCGGUGGGUCCAUCGGUUGUUUCGGUGAGGCUGCUGUCAGUUCAUCGGUGCCACAACUGACGAGGAGACCGAGGUGGAUGACCAUUAAAACAGUCGCCCACAUGCUUUGGAUCAGUUCUCGGACUUGUGAAAGGCAUCUGAAGCAGCAGGAGGGAGACGACAGCGCUCAGCCCUUGCAGCCGCAGCAGCAGCAGCAGCAGCCCGGGGGAAGAUGGCGGAACGUUCCCACAGGAGCAGGAGGAGGUGGCGGUGCUGAGACCCAAACUUCGGCACUUCUUCUGGGAUUCACAAGACGGACAGCUUCCUCCAGCUCGUUGGACACAUGCAGGCCAAAAAACGAUACCUGAUUCUGUUCGCCGCCGGUGCCUGUCUCGUUCUGCUGUUUUGUUUUGGGGGGAUACAAGUCCCGCUGUCCAGACGGGGUCCCCAUCGGCGUGAUGACCGUAGUCUCCACCCCGGGGCGCGGUGGCAUCGCUGGUCGGGAUACCUGCAGCCUUUCAGCGCCUUGGGGAAGGACGCCAGCGAUGACCUCGGUGGACACAUGUCUCCCAGGCAGAAGAGGGACACUAACUCCGGCCUUUACGCCGGGAAACGCUGCAGGAUGGAGUCCUGCUUCGACUUCUCCUCGUGCGAGAGGAACGGGUUUAAAGUUUACGUGUACCCCCAGCAGAAAGGAGAAAAACUCUCCGAGAGUUACCAGAACGUCCUGUCCUCCAUUGAAGGGUCCAGGUUCUACACACCAGACCCAGGGCAGGCGUGCCUUUUUGUCCUGAGCUUGGACACCCUGGAUCGGGACCAGCUUUCGCCAUAUUAUGUGCACAAUUUGAAAGCAAAAAUCCAGAGCCUUCCUCUGUGGAACGAGGGCAGAAACCACAUAAUCUUCAAUUUAUAUUCCGGUACUUGGCCAGAUUACACAGAAGACCUUGGCUUUGACAUCGGCCUUGCCAUGUUGGCCAAGGCCAGUAUUAGUACCGAGAACUUUAGACCCAACUUUGACAUUUCUAUCCCACUUUUUUCUAAAGAUCACCCAAGGACAGGAGGGGAUAGGGGUUACUUGAAACACAACACAAUCCCCCCUUACAGGAAGUACAUGCUUGUCUUUAAGGGGAAAAGGUACCUGACUGGAAUAGGUUCAGACACUAGGAACGCUUUAUAUCAUGUGCAUAACUCGGAGGACGUGGUCCUUCUCACUACGUGUAAGCAUGGCAAAGACUGGCAGAAGCACAAGGAUGCCCGCUGUGAUAAAGACAACACGGAAUAUGACAAGUACGACUACAGAGAAAUGCUGUACAACUCCACAUUCUGUUUGGUACCUCGGGGUCGAAGGCUGGGCUCCUUUCGCUUCCUAGAGGCUUUGCAGGCAGCUUGUGUGCCGGUGAUGCUGAGCAACGGCUGGGAGCUUCCUUUCUCCGAAAUCAUCGACUGGAAUACGGCAGCUGUGAUUGGCGAUGAAAGACUACUUUUACAGAUCCCAUCAACAGUGCGUUCCAUCCACCAGGAUAAGAUUCUGUCCCUGAGACAGCAGACGCAGUUCCUGUGGGAGGCGUACUUCAACUCUGUGGAAAAGAUAGUACUAACCACACUGGAGAUAAUCCAGGACCGGGUGCUGCUGCACUCGUCGAGAAGCAGCCUCAUGUGGAACAGCCUUCCUGGUGGUCUCUUCGCUCUGCCCCAGUACUCCACCAACCUAGGAGACUUCCCCUUCUACUACGCUAAGCUGGGAAUCAAGCCGUACCCUAAGUUUACAGCAGUCAUUCACGUGGUCACCCCGCUGGUCUCUCUGUCCCAGCCUGUGAUGAAGCUGAUCGUAGCCGUGGCCAAAUCUCAGUACUGUGCUCAGGUGAUAAUUCUCUGGAACUGUGACAAGCCUCUUCCUGCCAAGCACCGCUGGCCUGCCACUUCAGUCCCUGUUACUGUUAUAGAAGGAGAAAGCAAGGUGAUAGGCAGUCGGUUUCUUCCCUACGACACCAUCCCCACUGAUGCUGUGCUCAGUCUGGAUGAAGACACCGUGCUUUCCACCACCGAGGUGGACUUUGCCUUCACGGUGUGGCAGAGUUUCCCUGACCGCAUCGUUGGCUACCCGGCUCGCAGCCACUUCUGGGACAGCAACAAGGAGAGGUGGGGCUACACUUCUAAAUGGACCAACGACUACUCCAUGGUGCUGACUGGAGCUGCCAUCUAUCACAAAUAUUACCACCACUUGUACACCGCCUACCUGCCAGAGAGUCUGAGGGGCAUGGUCGACCAGAUGUCAAACUGCGAGGACAUUCUCAUGAAUUUUCUUGUGUCGUCAGUGACUAAACUACCACCCAUCAAGGUCACCCAAAAGAAACAGUACAAGGAAACGAUGAUGGGACAGAGCUCCAGAGCGUCCCGUUGGGCCGACCCAGACCAUUUUGCCCAGCGCCAGACCUGCAUGAACAAGUUUGCCAGCUGGUUUGGCACCAUGCCUCUGGUCCAUUCUCGGAUGAGGCUGGACCCAGUCCUGUUCAAAGACCAGGUGUCUAUCCUGCGGAAGAAAUACAGGGAAAUCGAGAGACUGUAACCUUCCUGAGCACCUCUCCUCCUCCUCACUCAGUGGACACCGGGGGGCAGAGGAUUGUGUGGAGGGAUCGAUGGGGAGUUAAACUGGAUCAGGUCCUGGAGAAGAGGAGGUUAAGAAGCUAGAAUGAAUGUGGAGGACAUCACAUUUCUAUCGUCCUCCUUUUCUCCUCUCUGCCUCCUGAUUUCAUGUGUUUGUUGUGUAAACACUAACUAACUGCACCCAAGGACAUCAAACUGUUGCUCUUUGUGGUGGAAAUCAUAGCUUGCUGCUUCAGUGUCCGACUCGCUGAAAGUGACUGUGUUGUUUCGUACACUUAUGCACAGGUUGAUGAAAGGUUUUGCUGACACCAUAUUAUUAAUAAUAAUGAAGAGGAUAACACUA